UAAACGCCGAUAUAUCCUCAAUACACUUCGUCAUAUAUAUAAGUUCACGUGAUAAGUUGGCGCGCGGCCUGCGCAGACUCGCGCGUAUACCACACGGUCUUUUGCUUGUUAUCUUGCCGCGAGACGACUGUUGCGUCGUCGGACCAAUGACGAGUAGAUAGAUAGCAUUAGAACGAGCGGCAACGCUGAUAGAAUACGUAACUGCUCUCGCGGUCUGUCCACGUGUGAAUUACUCAAGCCAAUCCCGCAGAUUAUAAUUAACUCGGAGAUCGGCUUGCGUCGUCACAACGCCACACACCUCUAUUAAAUUUUUUGCUUUAACACACAGAAAAGAAUUCAGUCUUUUUGGUGGUAGUCCAGUGAGAGAGUAUAACAGCAGCUCUGGGGGCUGUUUUCAACGCGACCUUGAAUGAGCUUCCUAGCCUCGAACUUCGCGGCGACUCACGCCGUCGCUGCAGGGGUACACGCCGCGUUAAGUUCAAGGUUGCUGCAUCGAUUUUGCCCGCUCUUGAAAAAUACGCUCUGUUCAAGGAUGGCCAAUCUGGACGAAGUAAAAAUGGUAUGGAGGCUUGCCGAUGCCGUUUGCUUCGACGUCGACUCGACGGUCAUCACGGAAGAGGGCAUCGAUGAGCUGGCCAAAUUUUGCGGAAAAGGCGAUCAAGUUGCUCUACUAACCAAACAGGCAAUGCAAGGUAAUAUGACGUUUCAACAAUCGCUGGCUGUCAGGCUAAAUAUUAUAAAACCCAGCAUCAAACAAAUCACAGAAUUUCUUCGCACACACCCACCAAAACUAACACAAGGAAUCAAGUCUUUGGUGCAAGCAUUACAGAAUCAGAAAAAAAAUGUUUACCUCGUUUCUGGUGGUUUCCACUGUUUGAUAGCGCCAGUUGCCGCACAACUUAAUAUUCCACUGGAAAACGUGCGAGCUAAUCGAUUGAAGUUUUAUUUCACAGGCGAAUAUGCUGGUUUCGAUGAAAACGAACCAACAUCUCAAACUGGUGGAAAAGCUGAAGUUAUCCGAAGAUUAAAAGAAGAAAAAGGCUACAAAACCGUUGUACAUAUAGGCGAUGGUGCCACAGAUUUAGAGGCUUGCCCUCCUGCAGCUGCUUUCAUUGGAUAUGGAGGUAACGUAGUAAGAGACAGUGUAAAACAGCGAGCUCCGUGGUUUAUAAUGGACUUCAAGGACCUCGAGGCCGCUUUAUGAAAAUCAUACGGAUUAAAUAAACUAGUGCAACUGGUAGUUGGAGUGUCUUAGAUAUAUGCAAAUAUCGUACAAACACUUGUCAAGUGUUAAAAUAUUUUUUAGAAUACCUUUUUUUGACGAGGUGCCGAGGCUAGUGUAAAUUUCCCCAUACGUUUUCUCUGCUCUCAACUGAAUUUUUUUUCAAGAAUUUGUAAGGGUACCGUUGUUUUAUUGUUAUUCGGGUCGUCGUAAAGUCUUUAAAGAAAAUAUUUUACGCAAAUCGCAGGAGAUGUGUUCAAAAACAUUUGAUCCCGCACUGGUUUCGAUGUAUCCUAAAAUGGAUGAUCUAUCCUACAAUCAUUUAUGGAAAAUUAGUAGUAUACGGAGGUGUAAAUAUUACUGACAGUAUUUUUUAUAUAGAUACACAUUAUUAUGUGAGGAUGCCUGGCAGCAACAUUUUUGAUUGUCAAAUAUUUUUGAGAUUUAUAUAUAAAUUAAUGUUGUUAAAAGUACUAAGUGCAAUAGCAAAUCUUCGCAUAAUGAUAAUAAAUGAAAUAUAUUUAUAUUGUCUAAUAAUAAUUCAUCAGUUUAAAAA